GCGAACGCCAAUCCCUCUUGUAAACACUCAACACUUUUGUUUUGAAACCAGGAAGUGGGGAAAAGCUCGGAGGAGUAGGAAUCUGGGUUAUUUCUACGAACAGACUAAAUUCUCGUGAUUGUUAGCAGAUUUAUUUUGUGCCUACCUUUGAUAAAUUUCUUGAAAUGGAUGGGAAGCAAGGAAAUAAUGCAUCCUCACCCAACAAAGAGGAUGACUCACCUUCACAGCAAGGUGCCGCUAGCAGACCCCCUCCCUCUGCAACAAGCGCACUUGGAAUGCCAUCGGGACGACUUCCUCCAUUUGUCGGCAUAUCAGGAGUUGCACCAUCACCACCACAGUUUGUGACAAUGGAAGAAAUAAUGUCUGCUGCCAACGGCUUGACAAACAUGAGGCUCUUCCAUGAGAUUGCUGUAGACCAAGACUUUAAACUGACCCCUUAUGAUCCACCUGAGAACAGCAUUGAAAAAGCUGUGAAGGAUGCUGCACACAGAGCAUUUUGGGACUUGCUUUCCAAGGAACUUGAAGAAGAUCCGCCUGUAUACACUCGUGCUUUGAUUCUCCUCGAGGAGGUGAAAACGAUAUUGCUCGAACUGGUGCUUCCACAGCAAGAGAAAAUGAUACAGGAAAUAAACGAAAUGAUUGAUGUUCCUUUUAUUCAACAGCAAGCAGAGAAUGGUGCUUUAGACUUUCUGGGGUAUGCACAGCAUAUAAUAAAUGUCAUGGGAAGAAUUUGUGCCCCAGCCAGAGACGAAAACAUUCAAAAGUUGAAAGAAAUCUCAGAUCCUAUUGAUAUUUUUAAGGGUGUUUUUGAGACACUUACUCUCAUGAGGCUGGAUUUUGCAAAUUUUGGUAUUCAAAUGCUGCGAACUAAUAUAAUGGGUGAAAGUGUAGAGUAUGAAAAGAAAAAAUUUGCUGAGGCACUUGCUCUUCAGGGUGGAAUUGACAGCCUGGUGAUUACAAAAGAGUGGCUUAGGAGGCACUUAGAAAAAACACCUAAUGGCUCAGAGAAAGAAAUUGUACUCAAUGCAUAUCUUGAGAUGUUUGCAUGGGGUCUCCCAGAAAAAUUUCCAGAGACUGUUGUUAUGGAUUCUGCGAGGCACAGAGAGCUGGGGCAACGUCUUCACCAACUGGUAAUUGCAGGCACUGUCCUACUUGUCACCUUAUCAAGAGCUGCCUUACCAGCAUUGCAACAGAGUACUUCCUUUAAAGAAAAGCUACUUAAUGAUGUUAAAAUUGUCUUGCAAGAUGUUAAAGAUGAUGAGGCGCUUAAGAACAUUCUGCCGAGUGUAGCUGUUCAGGUGAUCAGUAUUGUGAAGACCUAUACUAACCAAGGAACAGAAUCCAACCAAGUUCAGCAAACAGUUUUUGUAGAUGCUGCAUUCGAACAGUCUCUUUCCGAAUUGAUUAAGGACAUUCACAGACCAGACCACAAUGUUCGAAGAAUAGUCAAUGAGCGAACUACUGAAUUUGUGUACCAGUCUCUGGCAUCACUGCCUAAUGUACCCAAGCAAGUACCCCCUGGAAUGACCUCUCUACGACCUGAACUGCUUUCAACCACAGCCUCCAUAAUUCGUCUUUACAAGUACAAUCUAGCAGUGUUUGGUGAUUACUAUUGCCAAAUAAUCUCAAAACUCAAGGAAGAAAAUACAACGGCCUAGGCAGCUUUGGCAUCCCAAUGAUUUUCUUCCCCCCUAACUCCAUAAAAAAAGUAUUAAAUCUAAUGUGGCCUAAUAAGUUUCUAUCAAGCUUCUUGUUUGCCUCAACUACAGCUGAGAAGUUUCAGAAAAUUGUUAUAGAUACUGUAUCAAACUGACCCAAUGAAUGCAGUUUGUAUUAGCAGUCUAAAUGUCAAUAUGGUUUUGUUCAACCUGUAAACUCACUACUAUGGACUAUGGAGCUAUGCGUCUUUUUUAUUACGCUCUUUUCUAAAUGGUAGCAGUGAGUAAUUGUCAAUACUCUUUAUAAUUUUUUUUGUUGUAGAAUAAUAUUAUACUAUUCUUGUUUUGUUUUUUCUAGUCUUUCACAUUGUUUUAUAGUAGAGUUUACUGUUUUGAUUUCCUAACAGAUCUUUAAAGUUUUCCAUGCAAUUUAUGUGUGAUUAUGAAUGUAACCACCUGUGGUGAAAACAUGUACUCAUUUCUACUUAUAGAAAUGAUAAUUUGUGAUAUUAACUGACCAACUCAUAGAAAUGACUAUUUCAUAAACCAAUUAAUUAUAAAAUAAAGUAUUUUGUCUGGGA